AUGUCAACAAUCUACAAUACGCACAAGACUCUUCUUCCGAAGAAUGGACCGCCCAGUCUGCGCGAAGCCCUGCGGCAAUCUACGCCCCCCGUCGGACGGUCGGUCGCGAUAACACUGGCCGUAGCUUUCACUGCGAUCUUCGCGGUUCGCGUUUACCGCAAAUUUCUUAGGAUCCCCGCAAAGAGGACUAGUUCCCUUACUGUUGCUCGCUCUGUGAUCCGGGCAGUCCAGAAGGACCUACAACACUCCGCGCUCACUCCUUUCAAGUCGCGCUAUCCCAGAUCAGCAGCAGACAUCACGCCGGAGUCUCUUGUAUUGCCGAAGAUAUUUGCCCGCUUCCCGGCGUUCCCGGCUCCUCUGAACCUAUCGCAGCGCGCUUUCGUCUGCUGGGAUCUGGCUGUGUACAACUCAUGCAAAGAAGUCACGAUAUAUGUUCCGCUUGACACUUUCUGGCGGUUCCAUAUGGCUCGAAGCGUCAAGAAGCAAAUGCAGGUGCCCUCAGAGCGCAUCGCGGCGGCUCCAUCUCUCUCGGCUUGCCUCACACUGAUCUCGGACGAGCCUUGGUCUGAAGGCGGCAUGGUACGCGCUGCCGAUACGGACCCCGUGUGCGCCGACGCCUUGGUCCACUCCCAUUCCGACGCCAUUUCUUCAGUGGACAAUUUGCAAGUCAUCUUUAGGACCGCCGAUGCGGUUGAUCACGUCCCCUGCGUCAAGCCAUCCGAUACGGUCUGCGUCUCGUCUACCCCGCCCCGGCGAUCAGGACAACGCGUUAUACGGAAGGGUCCCGUACCGCCGAAGCAUACCGAGCCCGAUGCUACGUCAAAUGCUGUCUCCUCCGAGUCCACUGCUGCUAGUGCGCCUCGUAUCACUGCCGCACCAGUCGGGCGCCUCAAGACCGCGUCCGUCGACUUCGUCCUCUUCCUGGCCUGGAAGGUGAUUUCGCAGAAGCGCGUCGUGCCUCGCCCUCGUCGCCGCUUCCGUCCCUCUCGCGAAUUCCUGCAGCGCGUCGUCUGCCAGCACGUCAAGUACAACACUAGAGUCGCCGCUUCGGCCGCCACGCCACACGCCCUCAAAGUCUACGCCUCUCCAGCGGUGCCGCGCGCACCACCUGCUGCGUCUGCGCCUGUUCUCCCGUCAUCGCCGAAGGAGAUUGAAUUUAGGACGUCGACGGCUGCGCGGCCCGCGGGCAAACUCACUGCAUCUCCGCGCGCAUCGGCCUCGGAACCACGACUCAGUCGCAAUAACCUCCUCAGGCCGAGCCCGAACGUCUCCAUUCGCGGCAAACAGCUCUAUGGCGCGCGCAAGUCAUUGCGGUCACAGCCCCUCCGUGUCCCCCGCCUCCAAGCUGCUUCGUCUGGCUCGGAUGACUCGUUUGCGUCCAACGCGCACUCUGCGGGCAUGUGUUUGGAUGCGCGUCCCAGCAGGGCGGGGGAACUUUGCUAG